UACCCUCCCACGAUAAUACAUAAUAAUAAAUACUAAAAUUAAUAAAUUUUGUUGAUUGGGUUUUUAUUUUCCUGAAAAAAGAAGAGAAAAACACCCACAAGAGAUCUUACAUGAAAGCUACUCUGAAAGAUUGAGUCUUUCAUGCCAUAUACUUUUUGGGUUCAAAAGGGUAGGUUGUGUUUUAGGGUAUUUUCAAUCUUUCUCUUAGAAAAAAAAUAAUAGAGAAAGAGAGAAAAUAGAGUGAAUAAAUAAUAGGAUUAAAAAAAAAGUUAUAGAGAGGCGCAAAUGUUUGAAGAAAAAGGGUGGUCUUGUAGUUUUCCAGAAGAAUUAGUUGGGUUAAACUUGGUUUUUGCUUGCUUUGAUGUGCUUAUUGCUAUUCUUGCUUUUACUCAGCUAGCACGGAUCCGCUCAAGGAAUAAACAGUUAGGAUGGACUCGCCAAAAAGUGUUUCAUAUACUGAUUGGAACUACUAAUACUGGUUACUUCAUUUAUUUUGUCUUGAGUCUUGUUGCUGCAUGCCGAGGGUGGCUAUGCUGGUCUUACUCUUGUGGUUUUGUAGCCAUGGCCUUCCCCAGAAUUCUAUUAUUUGCAACAUUUCUUCUACUUUUGUCAUUCUGGGUCGACCUCUGUCACCAGGCAGAUGAUGAAGAGGAAGAGGAUGAUGAACAGGGCUUUCUAGAAGCUUUAAUACAAAAUUCUUUAAAUAGACCAAGGUCUUCGCCUGCAGAUAGUCGCAGAUCAUGUUAUCCUUUCCGUUUAAUUCAUGUUGGAAGCCGUCAAAAGAUAGUGAUUCUGGUUACUGUUCUUGUAUUUCUUCUUAUGAUGACAUUUGCCGUGCUAAUCUGGAUUGGAAUGGAAGAAAAUCCUAUUGAUUCAUCAACCGUGUCCCGGGUUUAUGUAGAUCUUUUUGCUACAGCAAUACUAUUGCUAGGUGCAGCAUUAGCAUGUUAUGGGCUCCUAUUAUGUCGGAAAAUGAGGAAUGUUAGAUCUGAAAGAGCUUCAUCUGAGAUCUGGAAGGUUGCAGGUUUGGCCAUUGUAUCUGUUCUAAGUUUUACAUCAAGUGCUUUAGUGGCUCUUUUUACUGAUAUUCCGGUGCUGUAUCACUGGCAUGAACUGCACAUAGAUGGUGUUUAUACUUCUCUUUUACUUAUUUUAUAUUAUUUUAUAGGUUCAUCGGUGCCCUCAGCUUUUGUAUUAUGGGUCAUGAGAGAAUUACCGCCCAUGACAAUAGCUAACACGCAAGAAGAAUCAACGACAGUAACUUUCAUUACUGAUAGUUCAGCUCAAAUCCGCCGUCCUCAGAACUGGACUACCUCUGCAAGCUCACAGAAUCAGGUAUCAAGAGGUAGUCCUAUAUAAUUGAUCUUUUCAUACAAAAAUACAUGCGGUUAUCUUCUUAAGCGGGCAAUGUGAGCUCGGAAUCAGAACAACCGGAUCAAAUAAAGAGUUCAGAUUGCCAAAAUGAGCAGGGUGAUCAAAAGGGUACAGUUGCUGACUUUACAAGGCAGUCGGAAUACCAUCCGAAAGGUUGCCAUUGCCAUGUUUUGACAUUUUAGAGAAUGUAAAUAGCAACGGAAUGCUAGAUGAUUUUCUUCCCAUAGUUGGUCCAAUUGUAAAGACAAUUUGAUUUGCCACUUUAGCAUUCACCACACUCUGUAGGGUACCAUUAGCAGCUUCCUUUUUAUUCAUCCUCCUCUCAUGUCUUGCCUCAACCCCAUAUAUGUACACUUUUUUAUAUUUAUGUUGGCAUAUAUAAUGAUUAUGGUGUUGAUUCUA